AGGAGACACAACAUCAGCCGGCCUUCCUCCUGCGCUGUCUGCGUGACGACGACGACAUGUCCUCGUCGACGGCAGCAGAUCCCUACCAGCAGUUCUACUACUGGAACGCCAACACCAGCAACUGGGAUUUUGACUAUGACUCGUACUACGCCACCUAUGGCUAUCCCCAGGCCGGCGGCUCCGGCGCAGGGCCAGGCGCGUCCUCGUAUGACGCGGCAUAUGCGGCGCAGGCAUCCGAGCAGGCAUCCGCCUAUGGAGGUGGUGCUGCCGGCUCCUCAUCGACGGGCGCAUACAACGGCGCAUCCUCGUCUGCCAAUGGCGGUGAAGCUGGGGCAGAGGGCAGGAAAAAGUACGUGGCAGGCCCCAAAGACGCAGAGGGAAAUGCGCUGGCGGGCAAUCUCAAGAAGGGCGAGACGCGAACGACGGUGCUGAGAAAGAGCGUGGGCAAGCUCUACGAAGAUCAGACGCUGCUCGAGUGGGAUCCAACUCACAAGCGUCUUUUCGUGGGAGACUUGGGCAAUGACGUGACAGACGAGGUCCUGUCGGCGGCCUUUUCAAAGUACAAGUCCUUCUCAAAGGCGCGAGUCGUGCGCAAGAAGGUCGACUUGAAGUCAAAGGGGUACGGCUUCGUCGCGUUUGCAGAUCCCGAAGACUUCCUCAAGGCGUGGAAGGAGAUGGAUGGGAAGUAUAUUGGCUCGAGGCCGUGCAGACUCAAAAAGGCAAACGAGGACGUGGCACCGACGCAGAUCGGGGCGAGAAAGGACAAGCUGCUGGCGGCCAAUGUUCGCUACGACGAGUUCAAGGCAAAGAACAAGAUGGGCGGUGCCAUUGGCGGCGAUCUGCGGAGGAGUGGCAUCGGAAAGGCCUGGAAGAUUAAGCGAUAACUUACGAUCUAAGCUGAUAGAUGUGCUUGCGAAGAGAGAGGCCUCUCAGCCCCUCUUCUUUGCGUUUGCACUGUACUGUAGUUCCUCGCCCCUUCAUCUGCUCGCCAUCUUCAAUCAUACACCACCAUCCCCGCUCUUGUCCGUAGGGAGCACACGUG